UUUAUUUUCCCUCAUUUUUUAAAGAAUGGCCAGAACUAAAGAAGGUAAAGAGAUGUCAAAGAAAAGUAUUGCUAAAACUUCAGGAAAAAAAAUGAAAUCUAAAAGAAAGGAAAGAAAACCACAUAGAUUCAGACCAGGAACAGUUGCUUUAAAAGAAAUUAGGAAAUUCCAAGAAAGCUCUCGUUUAUUAAUAAGGAAGAUUCCUUUUUAGAGAUUAAUAAGAGAGAUUGCAGGAGUUAAUGAAAAAGAAAUGAGAUUCUAAAGUAGCGCCAUAUUUGCUUUAUAAGAAGCAACAGAAGCAUUUAUAGUUAAUCUUUUAGAAGACAGUGUUCUUUGUGCACAUCAUGCCAAAAGAAUGACUGUUAUGCAAAGAGAUAUUAAUUUAGCAAGAAGAAUUAGAGGAGAUGAAUUUUGA